CCUCGGCUAGCGCCCAUCCCUUUGGAAGAAGAAGAAAAAAAAAACGACGGCGAGAGGGAAAAGAAGAACGAAGGGGGAAAAAAGACACCCGAGAGUGGAAACAAAUCUCCAGAUGUGAAAGAAAGUCGCAUCUACGUACGAGAGAGGGUGAAGCAAACAGCAGAAUUUGAUCCUUAUUCUAAUUAUGCCACUCCACAAAUCAACCCGGGCCUCCCGCUUGGACCCCACCAUGAUCUCAGCCCCUCUGGGUGACUUCCGCCACACCAUGCACAUUGGCAGAGGUGGCGACGCCUUCGGGGACACCUCCUUCCUGUCCACGCUGGGUCCGAGCACGCCCGGCGCCGAGCCGGGGAGUCCGGGUUCUUCGUCCGCGGACUACCCGGCAUCUGUCAAUCACAACGAUGUGUUUCAAGAGCCGACGGGGAGUCUCCGAAGCGAUGAGCUCGAUUACUCCGAGUCGGUGUCGUCGUUCGCGCUGGAUUUGGAUCUAGAUCUGGGCCCUUCCAUGCUGGGAGACGUACUAGGGGUGAUGGAUGGGAUGGGACUGGACUCCGACAAAGAUGUCUUUGGUCCCAAAAGCACCGCAUCCCCAGUGGAAAUUAUGGAGGUGUCCGUCGUCAACAGGCACAACGGGCUUAAUGGCAAGAACCUGGAUGAGAACCAGAUGGGCCAGGGCAGAACAUCAGAUGGGAUCAAGCCCAAGGGCCUGCGACCCAAAGUGAGAUUCAGCGACAAGCGGGAAGAGAUCAUCCGCCAGCCCUCCGAGGAGGAAGAGGCUCAAGGCUUCGACUUCCAGGAGGAGGACCCGACGGAGAAUCCGACGAGGGGGGUCGAAGCGGAGCCGGCCACCCUGAAAGAUCUGCCACCCAGCCCGGCUUCGUCUCAUAGCUCCGAUUACGAAGGAGUGAGCUCGCUGGACCGGAGGAGGCUCGGCAGCAGCCACUCGGAGACUGACUCGGAGGAAGGGGAAGGAGGGCGAGGUUAUACCUUUGAAGACGAGUUUGAUGAUGAAAUUGGACUGUAGGUCCGUUUUACUACCAAGCGUGUAUUGAGGUGUUGGGCUUUCAGGUAGAAUUUCAAGGACGAACCUAGCGCGCAUAAAAAUCUUGCUUGACGGGACUGCGCGGGAUUGAAUUGCGCUAAAAGGAGCGAAAUGUUCAAAAUGUGAAUUUGAAAGUCAAAUUUAGAGCCGCUGUAAAUGUUCUGGAGUGGGAUCGCUCAAGUCCGCUUCCUGGUGAUGAUUGGAAUCAGCGGUGUUGGAGGAGGGAACCAUGUAAAAAGCUGCUGGAUGGGGGGGGCGCUUCAGAACCGGACUUGGGCACCCCUGCUCCACGGCAUUUUAGGUUCACCCUCAAAGUUUUACUUGAACGUCAAAUGUCUUUCAACUUUUUUUUGUCUUAAUUCACAUUACAAACGGAUG